UGAUUUCUGUGGAGCAUUGCCUUGUUUUAUUGAUUUUAUUGAGUAAUACACAUCACACAUAUACUUUACUUCAUAUGCAUAUGCCAGCAGUCUGGAAAUUAAAGUUUUUCACACAUGGUUUGUGUUUUGAUAGUUAGCAGGAGGUGGCAUUCUUUAAAAAUGCAAGGACUUGACAGGGCUGUGAAAGAAGUGUUGUUGAGAAAGCCUUAGAUAAAAUGAACCUUUGUAGAAAUAUUUCAAGGGUACUGUCUACAAAUCUACAAGUUCGAAAUAUAAGCACAUCAUGUUGUCUGAAGGAACUUCAAAAACUGUCUACAGUGAAAGUUGUUGACAAUAGCAUGAUGGGACGUAAAGCAGUAUUGGCAGGCAAAAAAGUGAAAAUAAUUCAUGUUUAUAAUAAAACAUCAAUAGGAAGGAUAGGCGACAUGGUAAAAGUUACAAUUAUGGGUGAAAUGAAGAAAGCUUACAUUGUUGGCUGUGUACAAAAACAGAAACCAAAUGUUCCAAGAUUUGACACAAACAAUAUAGUUCUAAUUGAAGAGAAUGGAAUCCCAACAGGGACAAGGAUACGUGCUCCAAUACCUUCUUGUCUGCGUGGAAAGGAAGGAGACUUCACUAAGAUAUUGUCUAUGGCCUCAAAAUUUGUUUGAUGUUUUACCUUUUGGUAUAUAAAUGUGACUUAAGUACAUUUUGUAUCUUUAAAGAUGAAGCAUAAAUAGGAGAGUCAAACUGAAAUGUUAGGCAUCUUUAUGGCAGGGUCUUAACAAAUGGAAAUUAUAAUAGGGAGAUCAUAUAAAGAAUGCUGUCCUUUUUUAUAAGCAUUUAAAGGUAAAUUGUUG